ACUCGUGCACACACUGGCAGAUACACUCAAGCUCCCUUCUCAAGCGCUGUAACACUACCCGUCCUUACUCUCCUUUCCGCCGGUGGAUUUGAGCCCACAAUUCACGUGGAACAUCGUCAAAAUGUCUGACAAGCCUGAUAUGACUGAGAUUUCCCGUUUUGACAAGACAAAGCUGAAGAAGACCGAGACAAAAGAAAAAAAUCCGCUGCCCACCAAAGAGACUAUUGAGCAAGAGAGGAAAGGAGAUGCCACACCUUGACUGCGAAGCACACGAAGAAAAGAAGCUGGGAUGCCACAGCAAAAUGCACUUUCUUUUAAUUACUACACUCCUCUAAUAUUCUACUUUUGUCUUCAACAAGGGUGCUUUUGAGCUCCCCGGGGUUUUGUCCCCACAUGGGGCAGGGUUCUCUUUAUCACUUUAUCACAAGGGUUAGCCUGGUUGCUUGUCUCACUCUGUUAGCAUGUAGCUAACAGCUCGCUAAUAUUGCCAAAACUGGGGAGUGGUGUUGUGAUGUAGCAUCAGGAGGCAGGCAACCAGACUAUGGGGGGCUGGGCAGGUUGGGGUCUCCUAAAAAAAGGCCAACCUUUGGCACCAAACCAUCUAGGUCCUAGGAUGUUUUCUUGAUAUUUUUUUUACUUUUCAUUUUGAAAUAAAUAUCAAGAUGU